AUGGGUUGCUUUCACGUUGUACUAUUUACCCUUGAGAGCGAUACCUUUCCCUGCCACGGUGAUCUAUCCGAAAUCGCCGCCGGCAAGCCGAACGACCCUCAAUGGGUUCCAGGUCGUCUUCUAGCAGACCUACACCAACGUCGACCUCUACGUCACCUAGGAGAACCCAUUGACGCUCCCGGCGACUCCGGCCGCCACCGAGCCGCCCGUCACGACACCACCAAUUCUACCUCUGUCUCCUCCGCCCUCAGCUGGUACAUCUCCGUCCAGGUGAGAAACCAAACCACUCUGCCUAUCAUUCUUAAGGGAAUCGCCACCAUCGAAGAGGCCCUCCUCGCAGUCGAUAAGGGCGCCAAGGUCAUCUGCAUCUCUAGCCACGGCGACGAGAUCUACCGCAACGUCCCCGAGGUCUCCCAGAAUGUUGAUAUCGUAGCCGACAGCGGCGUCCACUACGGCAACUACGUGCUCAAGCUACGAGUCCUCGGUUUCAAAGUCGUCGGCCUGAGCCGUCCUUUCAUGUACGCCAAGUACUACGGCCUUUGGGGUGUCAUCAAGGACAUCAAUACCACCAAGAUCGAGAUUCUCCGUGUCAUAAUCAAAUGGAUGUAA